CGCUUUCAAGUCUUCUUCCCACGCCUUUCACUGCAGCCUUCGGUUAUGCUGUCCCGGAGGUCGUGCCAAGAGCGCCAGUGCUCGGGCGGCGUUGACGAAGAAACGACUCGCUAUGUCGGCCCAUCACCGUGGCGCUUCGGCAGCGUCAUCUUCCUCGGCUUCUUCAUCAAGCUCUCGGGCAUCCUCUUCAUCCUGGUCGGCUUCAACUCGUCCGCGCCGGGUCUCCGGCUCCUGGGAUUCGUUCUCAUCCCAAUCGGCAUCGUGGUCUUCAGCGGUGGCGUCCUCUGGGCCGCCAUGGAAAGUUGGCGCUACCGCGCCGCCCUCAUGGCCAUCCACGCUCUGGACCCACUGGCGGCGUCCGGGGUGUUCCUCAAUGGAACCUCGGUCAGUUCUGUGUCGGUGAACGUGGCGCCGAGGAGCGCCGUGCACUCGGCACCGCCCGUGGACCCCGACGGCCCAAUGGCUGGCCUGGAACCCGUGCAGUUCAGCAAGUACCCCGUCGUACUCCCGGUGUACGCGGCACCGGCCCAGACGUCAGCCUCCUGACCCGGAAGAAACGCGCACCGAACCGUGGUGGUGCCGCCGAACGCGGUGUGCGGACCUUGAGUUCCUAUAGUUGAAAAAAUGAGACAUCGACGUUUAAGCGGUGGUGCUUUUGAAAUGAAGUGGUUGUGCUAAACCGGCACCGUCAAACUCCACCCCUUCAUGUGUUCGAAAGUCGAGUUGUGUCAGUGUCGUAUGAGGAUAACACAUCGGUCAGCUGCAGUAAGAGUUGUUAUAAUUGAGCAUUUAGCUGUAAACACCUCUAUGAUGCUAAAC